AUGCAUGGCAGUACCUGGUCAGUUGCUCAUUCAGAGAGCAGCAUAUCCCACUCCCCACAUCUUCCUUGGGCAAGUGCUGGAAUUAGAGGCAGACAGUCUGGAUGUGGUGGGAAAACCCUUUCCAUAGAAAACGUCCAAUCCCUAAAUGCUGCAUAUGCGACCUCUGGCUCAGUCUAUUUGGGUGAUCAUGAUACCCUUGCCUCCAUUUCCUACCCAAAUAGUACCAUGACCUUGGGACGCACAUACAAAAGUAAGGCUACUGGCAUAAGAAGUAGCCCCAACAUCAGCUCUUCCUUGGAACAUCUUCAUCUAGAUUCAGUGGCUUAUGGGAAUCAUGGAGCAGCAUGUCACCAACGGUCUUUUUCCCCACAUGCUGCUCAAGCAAGAAUUGAUGGGUAUCCUUUAACUGAACACUUGUGGGAGCUAGAUUCUAAGUUCUGCACAGCUGGUUCCUCAGGAAGCAGUUUUAGGAACUUCUGGAGUCCCGAAUUUAAAAAGAAAAAAGGGACGAGAAAAGAUAAGAUGGCAAAAACAUCCAUGCUGAAGAAGCCUGUGCAGGAGGAGAAUCAGGUAAAACCCAGUGGUUGCCCACAGCAUUUCCAGAUGACAAUUCAGGCUUCAUACGAGGAGCUCUCUUCAAAAAAGAACUUUGCUGAACUCCUGCAGCAGGAGAACAGUGAAGGCUCAUUAGGCUCACCUUCUGACCCUUGCACUUACACAGAGCUUACAGAGUGUCAAACCAAUGAGCUCUUCCAUUUAAGGAAAACUCUAGAGGAAAUGGAUCUGCAUAACAAGAGCCAGAGGCAGACAGUAAGCUCUCGAGAUGAGGCUUUUAAGAAGCUGAUGGAGAUGCUGGAAGAUAAGGGCCAUGUCAGGUCUGGGUUAAUUAACAAUGAGAGCUUGGGGGUCAGCUGUGAAGCUGAGGAACAGCUGGGAAUCAUUUUAGAGCAAAAGCGGAAGGAGAUCCUACACCUGAGAAAGGAGCUUCACUGUAAGAACCCACAUACAGAACCAAGCAGGAGCAAAGCCAUGCCCAACAUCACUGACAUGAAGGAUACUAAAAUCUCCUCACUGGAACGGAACCUUCAUGCCUUGGAGGAUGAAAUCCAGAUGCUGAAGAGCAGCAGCAUGUUAAAUGUGGUUGACGGAGAGGAGAGACUCAAGCAGAUUGAUGUUUACAAGAACCACUCCAAGUUCAUGAAGGCCAAGAUUGAUCAGCUGAAGGCAGAGUUAACAAAGAAGGAGUCGGAGAUGUUGGCACUGCAGACUCAGCUGGAGACUCUGACCAAUCAGAAUUCAGACUGUAAGCAGCACAUUGAAGUCCUGAAGGAGUCCCUUACAGCAAAAGAGCAAAGAGACAAUAUUCUACAGACCGAGGUUGAUGCCCUGAGAGUGCGUCUGGAGGAGAAGGAGUCCUUCUUGAAUAAGAAGAGCAAGCAGCUGCAGGAUGUAACAGAUGAGAAAGGCAUGCUGAGUGGAGAAAUACGGGACCUAAAAGACAUGCUGGAUGUAAAGGAGCGCAAGAUCACAAUCCUGCAGAAGAAGAUUGAAAACCUUCAGGAUCAGUUGAAGGAUAAGGAGAAACAACUGGAAUGUUUGAGGGACAGAGUAAAGUCUCUACAAAUGGACUCCAGCAACACAGACACAGCUCUCACCACUCUUGAGGAGGCCCUAUCUGAGAAGGAAAGGGUCAUAGAGCAUCUAAAGGAACAGAAAGAGAGGGCGUUACAAGACAAGCAGGGGGAAAUGGAGGCAUGUAAGAAGGAGAACAAGGAGCUGAAGGACAAGAUUGCUUCCCUACAGGCACAGCUUUUGGAAAGAGGGAAUCCAGUUAAAGGCAGGGCUGCUGCCCUUGAAGCUGGAGGUGUAUCUCGGACAAAUCCUGAGGUCUCAGAUCGACUGACAGUUCUAGAAAAAGAGGUGACUGUCCACAAAGAGGAGGCUGCAAAGUGUAAAGCAGAGGUGGACAGGCUUUUGGGUGUUCUUAGAGGACUGGAGUCUCAGUGCAGUGAAAAGGAUAUGAAGAUCUCAGAACUGGAGAGGCAAGCAAAGGAACUUAAUAAAAACCUGCCGAGUGCAAAACCCACCCAGCUGGAAGAAACAAGACCAUCCAAUGCAACAAUGCCAUCCAAUACAACACUGCAAGCCCAUAAUAAUCAGGAUUUAGCAAGAGAGACGGCUGAGAAAAUUAAAGAGCUGGAGAAAGCUCUGCGAGAGAGCAUGAACACCUCCUCUCACAGAGAAGCUUUAUGGGCUCAGGAGGAGCAGGCACAUGUUUUAGCACAGAGACAGUUGGAGGAGCUGAUGGCUUCCUUGGAGAAGACGAGACAGGAGCUGGAUGUGACCAAGCAGCGACUGUUCUCUACUCAAAACUCUCUUGCUGAAAGGGACAGUCACCUGAGUAACAUGCAACAGGAGCGUCGGAAACAACUAGAGGAAAUCCUAGAAAUGAAGCAACAAGCCCUGCUGGCAGCCAUCAGCGAAAAGGAUGCAAACAUAGCCCUGCUAGAACUGUCUGCUCCCCCAAAGAAGAGCAACCACGAGGAAGUGAUGGCCUUAAAAAGAGAAAAAGACAAGCUCAUGUAUCAACUAAAGCAGCAGACGCAAAGCAGGAUGAAGCUUCUUGCUGAGAAUUAUGAAGAUGGGCAACGUUAUCCACACCAUCCACCCCAUUCUCAGCAUGGCCACCCAGGUCACGGUCAUUACCGAGCACCACCCAGAGGACCACCCUCUCACAGUAAUCAUCAACCCCAGCUAGAACAGGAUGAUGAAGAAGGUAUCUGGGCAUGACUGUUGCCAUAGCUCCUGCCAUGUUAAAAAGCAAUGUGAAGGAUGCUGGUAUCCUAAGCAGAUCAUGUUGAGAUUGUCAACCUGUUGAAAUUGCACACAUUGCAGAGGAUUUCAAC